AUGGCAUCACGCCAAGGAUUGCCAUCAUUAGCUGAAAUUUUACUUGAUUUGGAGACAAAUGUAAGCAGACAAGUGACUGCAAUGCUAAAAUUAAAACAACUGGAGAAGGCGUUACAAAAGGCGGGACAAAGUCAGCAACCUGAUUUGAUGCAUCUUGUUUUGAGGCAUUUACGUAGCAAUAUGAGUGGAUUGGAAAGCGAGAUUCGAGAUGAAGCCCCAGACCGUUUAUUAGCUUUAUACGAACAAAGUGAUGAUUUUAUUCGGCAAGCACUUUUAUAUCUGAACAAAGCAGAACAGUCUAGUGCCGAUGUUUUUGAUUCUUCCAAAACAACAGAAUUUUUGUUUAAAGCUGAAAAAGCUUUGAAAAAUAUGAAAGAAACACAAACAGCUCAAUUAAUUGGUGAAAAUGCUCAAUUAAUUAUAGAAAAUGUUAAAAGGGAGGAAAAGUUUGGUACUUCAUUAUCUCAUUUAUCCGUUCGGGACACUUUUAUUUGGGCUGUUGAACACGACGAACUUGCAAUAAUGGAUCAAUUAAGAAAACAACACAGACUUGUUGAUAAACAAGUUUUCCUUUGGACAAUUGAAGGAUUUGCUCGUGCUGGUAAAUGGCAACAAUUGGAACAAUAUGCACGGUCAAGAAAGAGUCCAAUAGGAUUUUUGUCAAUUAUUGAAUUGUGUACAAAAUAUGGAGACAAAAAUUUAGCAACGCGUUUUAUGGAUAAACUAACUGGUUAUGAGGAACAAGUUCGCGCCUAUUUAAUUAUGAAUGAAAUAAAAAAAGCGGCAACAUUAGCAGCAGAGAAAGUUGACUUAACAAUGCUACAAUUAAUUAGAAGGAGGGUCCCUCCAUCAUCGCAACAGUGGACAGAAGUUACAAAAAUUAUUGAAAAUUUGGGUAGAACUAAAUAA